AGUUAAAGAAAGAAGCAAGAUAGAUGGAAAGCAUGUUUGAAAUUGAAUUUUUAUACUGAAGAAACAUACGCUGUGAAAUGUUUAAUUUCGUAAUUUGGUGCUCGAUAUUAAUAAUAUCUAUAAUUCUGUAUUUCACAAAUAAUACGGUUCGGUAUUAUGCGAAAUAUGGACUGUACCUUUUGUUUUUGACUAUUAUAUCCACUGCAACAGUUCUGUUGGUGAUAUUCACCUGCAGAUCAAAAAGCACGAAGAAUAACAGACUUGCCAUAUGGUCAAUGAAGAAAUUAAAAUACCUUUAUGGCUGGGAAUUUGAUAUCCAUGGCAGGGAAUAUUUGAUGAAUGAUGAAGCGUCUGUGGUCCUAGUAAACCAUCAGAGCGGUUUAGAUUUAUUUGGCUUAAUGGAGUUGUGGAAUUGGGAGUAUCAUUGUACAGUGGUAGGCAAGCGUUCGCUGAUGUACCUGGGUGUUUUUGGACUUGCCACUUACCUUUGUGAUACAGUGUUUUUAGAUCGAUAUGAUCAUGCUAGAGCAGUUCAACAAAUGAAUGCAAUAGUAGAUAAUAUACAUUCCAAGAAGUUAAAAGUGUUUGUUUUCCCAGAAGGCACCAGAAACCAUGAAGGUUCAAUGCUGCCAUUUAAAAAAGGAGCCUUUCACAUAGCAGUUCAAUCUCAGGUGCCAAUAAUACCAGUUGUUUUUUCAUCGUAUAAAUCCAUCUAUAGCAAGGAAAAUAAAAAAUUUCAAUCUGAAUGGUUGUGGUAGCUCAGUGGUAGAGCAUUCACUUUGUAACCUGGAGGUCAUGAGUUCCGAGUCCCACUCGUGCCAUGACCAUGUCAAACCUAAGAUGUUAACCUAGGCAGCGAUUGCUCCUUUGCCAAACGCUCAGCAUUUAGAAGUGAGAAUCACGGGUCUUUCGAAUAUGACCUUAAAAACGGAAGUCCUGUGUUGCGGCAGGCGUUGGUACAAUAAAGAUUCCUUACUGCUAUGGCCCCGAGUGCUAAGCAUAGGUCUAAAUUUCUGGUACUUCACCUACAGCUGGUGACGUCUCAGUAUGAGUGAAAAAUUCUUGAUGGGACGUGAAACAAACAAUCAAUCCAUUUUUGGAAUUCACUUUUUGUGGAAGAUGACUUUCUUCAUACCACCAAAUCAACAAAAAGUACACCCCACCAUGAAAAUUACUGGGGGAAUUUUUGAAUUGUUGAAACUUUUGGAUAGAAAAUUAGAUAAGCCAGCAAACAAAUAAACAAUUUUCAUGAGAGGAUAAAAGAAAGAUUCAGAAUGUAAGUCACAGAGUUGUAUUCAGACGGCUGAUAACAUGCAGUUGUCAGGGCUUACAACAAGGGACGACAGGAGGCAAUUAUUCAUCGUUUCAAUGAUCGGAUUCACCGCUUCAAAUUUCAUAAUUUGCAAAAGAAACUAUCGGAAAUUACUCUAAAACAGCCUUUUCAAAUGGCUAAAUUCACCACUUUACUAUAAAUUAUUGAAAGUCCAGAUUGGUUAUUAGCUAUUAAAGUCAUCAAGACUAGAAAUCCUUUAUGCUAUAGGCUAACCGAUACAUGUAACAAGCAUAUUUAUAUACAUGCAGUUGUUAGAAAGUUGAGACUUGUUUUUACAGGAAAAAUCACCAUAACUUGCCUUCCUCCAGUUCCCACUGCAGGUCUUACCAAAGAAGACAUCCCUAACUUACUGGAUUCUAUACGGAAUUCUAUGGUAGAAACUUACAACAGAACUUCAUCCACCAAAGACAAGACUGACUAGUCAAAGCUUUAUGUAAACAGUGAUAUUUACACAUUUUACAUGCUUUUUAACAAUCUUAUAGAAGUUAUUUUAUUUAUAUUUAGGUUUUUGUGUGAAAAGAUAGUCAUUAUUUCAAGCUCUGAAUACUCUGUGUAUUUGCGUGAUUUGUAAUAGCACAGGUAGAAUGCAAUUUCACUCACUGAGUACAUGUAUGUGUAUGAUGCAAAAUGGGGAAUUGAUAUUUCUUUUCCAAAUACAUUAGCACCAGAACCCCUGACAUCUUGGGUGGAUUUUUAAUUCACUGUGUAUGAUGUAAAUACUGUGUACUCACAGAAUGGAUAUUCUGCUCAUUGUAUAAGUCUGAUUAAUUAAUAAGUCUGAUUAAUUAAUCAGACUAAAUAUACCGAAGAUUAAUAUUGAAUAUGGAUUACCAGAAAUAUGGUAUGUAGUGAUGAUUUACAGUGCCCUUGCAGUUUCAAGUAAAAUACAAGUACAUGUACCAUCAAAAUACUUCUACAGCUGUAAUAUCGAUUAAAUACCUAUUUUCGUAUAUUCUGUUUCCAAGGAAUUGUUAGGUGGAACUCCUUUGUUAUGUGAUAUUUACAAAAUAAAUUUUCGUAUCUUUUGUUUCCAAGAAAAUGUCAUGUGGAAUAGUUUUAUAGGGUUUUUUUUUUUGCUAUUUGAUGUUUACAAAAUGCAUUUUCGUAUACCGGUAUUCUGUUUCCAAGAAAUUGUUAAGUGGAAUUGUUUUGUAGGUUUUCUUUUGUUAUGUGAUAUUCACAAAAUUCUGUUUCCAAGAAAUUGUUAAGUGGAAUUCUUUUGUAGGUUUUCUUUGAUUAUGUGAAAUUUACAAAAUAAACACUUGAGCAUAAUAAAA